UGUCUGUCUGCCUGCCUGUCGUCAGCGUAGACCGAACUGGAGCCGCCAUCACGGCCGGUGGCUCCCCCGAAUGCGUGCAACCCGACCGUCCAGACGACGCCGACCCAGCCUUUCCGCAUUAGCGCCGCCGUCCCCGAAUCUGGCCAAGGGCCAAGCUUUUCAUCACCAGCCUGUUCCCGCGAUCCCCAUCUUUCGCCAUAACGUCGCAUCGCACCAACACCAGCCACUACCUUCCUCGCACGACUUUUGCCCCGGCUGGAUUUCCUCGACGGAUUCACGGCAGCUCUCGCCAUUCAUCUCACCCCCUCGACCCCUCGUCCCGUCCUCCGUCCUUCUGUCUCGUCCCUCCCCGGCCCGCCGUCGAGACCGAAGCAUCCGCACGCCCGCCCACCAUGUCGUACGGCCAACAGAGCCAGAACCCGUAUUACCAGGCCCCCGCGCAGGAGUCGGGGUACGGGCAAGACCACGGUUAUGGCCAGGCCAAUCCGUACGCGCAGGACCAAUAUGAGAUGCAAGACUACGGCAACCAAAGUCAAUACGGCAACCAGUAUGGCGGCAACUCGUCGAUUCAGCCUCCCCAGCAGGGCGCGGUCCUCUCCCAAGCAGAAUUCCUGAAGCAAGUCACGGAGCUGCGCGAACACAUCAAGGUCUUCACCGCCGACAUCGACACCAUUAGCCAGCUCCAUCAGCGCACUCUGAGCAGUACCGAUGGCAAUGCCCGGCAGCAGCUCAACAAUUUUGUCGAGCAGACUCAGAGCCGGAACGAAACCAUCUCGAAAGAGAUCGAGGCGCUUAAACUGGAUGUCGAGAUGACAGGCUCAGACAACACCAAGAUGCCCCAGUUCGACUCUUUGCGAACCUACUUCAAAUCCGAGCUGAACAAGUACCGCAGCGUCGAGCGGGACUUCCAGCACAAGUACCGCGAGCAAAUCGCACGGCAGUACCGCAUCGUAAAUCCGGAGGCCACGGAGGACGAAGUACAAGAGGCGGCCCAGGCGGACUGGGGUAACGAGGGUGUUUUCCAGACGGCGCUCCGCACGAACCGCACCACGCAAGCGAGCUCCCUCCUCGGAAACGUGCGCGCCCGCCACAAUGAGCUUAGGCAGAUCGAGAACACCCUUGCACAGCUCAUCGGACUAUUCGACAGGCUCGAGGAGGAGGUCGUUGUACAAGGAAACAAGAUCGGGAAUGUCGAAAACAGCGCCCAGAAGGCGAACGACAACCUUGCGCAGGGCAACGUAGAGGUCAAGAAGGCCACCGACCACGCUCGGCGGGCUCGCAAGCUCAAGUGGUGGUGCUUCUUCAUCGUCUGCCUCAUCGUUUUGGCCAUUGCUCUCGGCGUCGGCCUGGGUAUCUGCCUGACGGGCAACAAGUGCGGGGGCGGCAAGUAAAACCCGACUGCAGCCGCACGAGCGUCGCCAAACUGCUACUUUCUACAUCGAGGGGGCCGAGGCCUGCCAUCGACCUUGUUACGAAUGACCUUUUUUUUGUCUCUGUUUGCGACGUUUGACGAUAUGCGUUACGGGGACUCCUACCUGGCCGGCAACUCAUGUACAAAUAACGCCGAGCGUGGUGGUUGCUUCCCCAUCGCCACAUCACACGAAUGGGCUCCCGGACUGAAUGUUUGUUGAGAGUCUUGGGGAACAUGGUAAUGUGCUCUUGCUAUGAUGAGAAUCGAACGAGGGAGGGCCGGCAUAUUUGAACCACCGUAUUCUUUGUCGGCGGGCGAAGGCAUUGACUGACCAUCUUGGCGCAUUUCGGGUCGAUGCGGGCAGGCCAGAGCUUGGUGGAGAUGGGUGACCGUGGGUUGAGAGAUGGGGAUGUUAAUUACUCAGUUCUUGUAUGUAGAAAGGUGAGUGACGAUGGAAAUUGACCGACGAGGCGACCGCUUCUGGUUUACGCGGAUAAGUAAAGUUGGCUUCGUAUCAGCCGCGCCAUCUGUGUGUCGCCAAGACUGCCGCGCAGCGUUCAAGACGAAAAAAGGAUUAAAAAAGAGUAAAAACAGGGCAACGAGGGGUUGUCGUGAUCAUACAGAGGUCUCCACGGGAGAAGGGUUUCAUUAAACUAAUACAUAUACAAUGCUUACUCCG